CUGGUGUUCAAACAAAAGGGAACAAAAGAAAACAGGUUUUGAAAAUUGGACACGGAGGGACUUUGGACAGUGCAGCCACAGGAGUCCUGGCGUGUGAAGCUACGGAAGCUGCGGAAGCUGCGUAACCCACGCCACAGCACUCAGAACUCUCAGGGAGGCAGAAGCCGUUUCCCUGGAGUGCCCACACACGUGGCGGCCACCCAGCCUCACGUGGGCAGUGCUAGCUGGCACAUCUCGUCUGCUUGAGGUCGUGGCAGGUAGCCGCUGCAGGUGGCGCCCAACGUGAAGGCAUUCCCGAGCUGCAGAGAGACUCCGCCAAGCUGUAGUGGACGCUGCCGUCUCUGCGUGGAACUGCCCCACGCCGGACUGAAAUUUAGGGCAUCGGCUCUGUGGAUUACCGUCAGUGAAAGCACCAUUGCCCUCGAGGGAGCACGCAGAUUUUGUCCUGCAGUGCCCACGAGGGAGGAGGGCGUAACUUGACACGCUGUGCACAGCGUGAGUGGUCCACCACUGGUGACUUUGGCUCUUUUUUCUUUUAAUUUGUUCUUUUCCUGCGGCGAGUGGGUGGGAUCACGUGAGUGAACAGCAUGGGAGCCACACUGUCCACUCACCAGAGAGAACUUUAUAUCCAAGUUAAAGAAAUCCUAAGGGAGGGGGGUGAAGGUGUUCCUAAAAGUUCAGUUAAGAAUUUUGUCCUAUGGUUGUUUUUUACCUUCCCGGGAAUCUCAGCAGAGGAGGUUAAAAAAAAGGAGUUUUGGAAGGGAGUUGACAUGAGAUUAACAGAGGGAAUCAAACAUGGAGAUCCCUCCAUCAAGGGUAGUUUUCUGAAGCUGUUUGUGUUGAUUUGGGAAGUAGUUAAAAGUGAAGGCACGCAAGAUGCGGACCGGAGGGGGGCUGAAGCGCGACCAUUGGGCAAAUCCCCAGUUUUCCCUAAGUCUAUUUCCCUACACACCUCUCCUUCCCCCUCUUCCCCUAGACCGGGUGGGCAGGGGGGAGCAAUCCACCAGUCGCAGGUGCAGGGCAGUUCCCAGAACGCGGACCGUGCUCCUGGCUCCCCCAAGUCCCCCCGGUGCCCUCGCCCUGAUGGCGCUGGCCACGCGGUCACGGACCCUAUCCCUAACCCUCACCCCGAUCCCUCUUUCCCAGUUAUAAAUCUUGGUUUCAGCACAGCCCAGUGCAGCUCUGUUCCCCUGAAUCCUUUCCUUUGUUCCCCUGGAGAGGCACUGCCGCUGUGCUGGCACGAAAUGGUGCCGGCUUUGUCUCAACAAAAUGGAGGCCAGGCAUUUGCAGGCAUUUCUCCUUCCCCUAAUCCCUUUGUUCCUUUUCCCGCCUUUGCCCCAAACCCCUCCUCCUUCCCUGCUGACAUGGGUGCUGCCCCUUCUGGUGAUGGUGUUGCUCCCCCUUCCUCUGCUCCUCCCCUUGCAGGCGUUCCCUCUGGUCCUCUUCAUAUUCCCACGGCCUCAUCAUUGGCCCUGCCCCCUCCAGCCACGGAGGUCUCUGUCGGCUCCGCCCCUCAGCCUCAUGGUUCGGACAGCCCCCUUCCUGUUUCCCACGCCCUACCUUUAGGUUUCCAAGGUCCCAGCGGAUCCGGGGCGGGGGGUAGGGGAGCGGGAACGGGCUUGUGUACUAGAUCAGCUAGUUUUAGCUACCAUCUCCAAGUCUCCUACAGCGCGGGAAGGGAAAACCCUAGAUGGGAACCCCUUUCCUACGAGUCUAUAAAAGAGCUCUGUGAAACCCAAAGAGAUUUUGGCCCGAAAAGUCCCUGUUUCAGGGGCAUUUUACGAGCAACUCUUACAUCAAAAACAUUGGUCCCUGCAGACCUUAAACGCCUGUUUAGUUGCUUGCUCACCCCAUCUGAAUACAAAUUAUGGGAAAGAAAGUGGAAGAGAUUGGCAGGGAAUCUCCUCCUGGAGAUCUUGGAAGGCCCAUAUAGCCUUGAUUUUGCAGAAAAACCAAUCACUUUAGACCACCUUAUUGGUGAGGGAGACUGGAGCGAAGCCCGGCUGCAGGCUAGGGGGAUUCCAAGUGCAGUGCUGGACAUGUCCAGGGGUGCAGCAGAGCGUGCAUUCCUGGCCAUGCCCAGCAAGGAGCCAAUGUUACCUUAUACAGAGAUUAAACAAUCUGUUGCUGAGCCUUUUAUAGACUUUGUGGAACGAGUGAGGGCAGCUGUAGAAAGCCGUGUGGAGGUACCGGAAGUCCAGGACGAGCUCAUCCUGGAAAUCGCCUUCAUGAACGCCAAUGAAGUGUGCAAAAGAAUCAUCCUAGCAUUGCCAGCCUCACCACGACCGACCCUCAGUCAAAUAAUAGAGGAAUGCACAAUGAAAGCACGUCUUGUGACAGAAGAGAUACUGAAGAAGCCUCGAGACAAAGUGGUUGCCCCAGCUGCUGCGCCUCCAAAGAACUCUACUCCAAGGAAGUUUCCAUCUAAGCGCCAGUGCUUCCACUGCCAUCAGGAGGGACAUUUUGUAGCCCAAUGUCCAUUUUUAGGGAGUGCACCACCAUGGGCUGCGGGAGGCAGGGGGAGGGGAACCCCACAUUUCAAAAAAACUAAAGGGGGAGCGCGGACCUACCUCGCAUGUAGAUAAAAAUGAGGUUGGUCGCAGCGCCACACAAGGAGCUGCGAUCCAUCAUAUAGUGCCAUCAGUAAGCAGCUGCCUUUCAACAACUGACAAAAGGGAACCUUAUCAGCUUCGACUCACUAACCCUGUCCAUUUUUAUUCUCAGGACUGGCAUUUCUUUAUAGCAGAUGCAGAGCUUCUAUCACACAUCUGUCACUGCGAAACCCGAUGGAGAGAAGACCUCCUGAACAGUAGGCACCUCGUCGUCGGGGACACAAAACACACUCCACUUGAGAUAGAGAUUCCUCCUGUGAUCUCCACACUUGACCCGAGGGUCUCCUAUCUCACGGCACGCUGUGUCCACCACCCGCUCUUCCUACUGAAGGGCCAGAUCAUUGCACAGGCAAUUCCCAUCCCUUGUGCCCUUUGUAAUGAUCUGGAACUCUCAGUCCUUUAUGCCGAGAAGUUGGGAGAGGAAAAACCCCUUGUAUGGUGUGGCCUUAAGUGCGAGGGGCAUUCAAUACAAAUCCAGGGGAUGAUGGACACCGGAGCAGACGUGACAGUCAUUCCACUGCACAGAUGGCCGUCACAAUGGGGGUUGCAAAGCGUGGGAAUACCAGUUUUAGGAGUAGGCAGGCCUUAAUUGGCAAAACAAUCUAAAAGCAUAGUGCAAAUUACGGGACCGAACGGACUAUUGGCCUCAGUAUGUCCAUUUGUGAUUGACAGCAGAUUUACCUUGUGGGGGAGAGACGCCAUGUCCCACUGGGGAGCCAAAUUGGAAUUUCCAGCCCCCCAGAAUUUUUAGGUGCGGUCACUGAAGAGCGCCCCCCCCCCAGAAAUUGAAUUGGCUCACGGAUUUGCCAGUCUGGGUGGAGCAGUGGCCGCUGAGUAAACAGAAAUUAAAGGCACUCACAAAGCUCGUAGAGGAGGAACUAGCUAAAGGUUAUAUUGUAGAAACGAACAGCCCCUGGAAUUCCCCAGUUUUUGUUAUUAAAAAGCUGGGGAAGGAUAGGUGGCGCCUCCUCCACGACCUGAGAAAAAUUAAUGAUGUUAUUGAGGAUAUAGGCUCCCUCCAACCGGGUAUGUCGUCCCCUUCUAUGCUGCCCCAAAAUUAUAACUUGGCUGUUAUUGAUAUAAAGGACUGUUUCUUCCAAAUUCCCCUUCACCCAGCCGAUGCUCCGUGCUUUGCUUUCUCUAUGCCCUCCAUCAACAUAGAAGCCCCAGUGUGACGCUACCACUGGAGAGUAUUGCCACAGGGCCUCAAAUGCUCUCCUACCAUCUGCCAGUGGUAUGUCGCCAGAGUUCUGUCCCCGAUGCGUGCCAAGUGGAUAUCCUGUAUUUUCUAUCAUUACAUGGAUAAUGUGUUAAUUUGUGCCCCUGACGACGAUGUCCUGCAAAAAGCAUUAGAGGACACUGUUGCAGCUUUGUCGGUGGCAGGAUUUGAGCUGCAAAAAGAAAAGGUACAGCGUCUGCCGCCCUGGAAGUAUCUGGGCCUAGAAAUUAAUAACAAAACCGUUAGGCCCCAGCAGAUAAAGAUAGAUAACAACCCAAGAACACUGAAUGACCUCCAGCGCUGUGUGGGUCCUUAAACUGGAUCAGGCCCUGGCUGGGGCUCACUACAGGGGAUCUGUCCCCCCUCUUCGACCUGUUAAUGGAAAGAGAGGGGGAUGACGGUUUAGAUUCCCUGAGGGCCCUGACCCAGGAGGUCAGAGCAGCACUCGAGAAGGUCCAGACCACCAUCACGAGGAGGCAGGCCCACCGUUGUCAACCAGGUCUGCCUUUCCACUUCGUAGCACUGGGUUAUCUGCCACACCUCUAUGGGAUGAUAUUUCAGUGGGAUAAGGGCCAACGGGAUCCCCUCUUAAUAAUAGAGUGGGUGUUCCUUGGCCACAGACAGUCCAAAAACAUUACCAGGCCACAGGAGCUGAUGGCCCAGCUCAUCAUGUGGGCCAGGGCUCGCCUGCGAGUGUUAACAGGCUGUGAUUUCACAUGUGUCCACCUUCCCAUCAAGACAGUAACCGGGAAGAUGACCAAGGAGACCUUUGAGCACCUUUUGAGACAAAAUGAAAAUUUGCAGUUCACCCUUGAUAGCUACUCCAGUCAAAUUCAGAUUGGGCACCCAGGUCAACAUUUUUUCAACACAGAGUUCCAAUUAUUACCAAAAGAGAUUCAAAGUACAAGACCACUCAAAGCCCUGACAGUGUUCACAGACGCGUCAGGAAAGUCCCACAAAUCAGUAGUGACUUGGAGGGACCCCGAGACUCAGCUGUGGGAAACAGAUGUUAAGAUAGUAGAGGGUUCUCCACAAGUAGCUGAGUUGGACGCAGUCAUCAGGGCAUUUGAGAGAUUCGGCGAACCUUUUAAUUUGGUUACCGAUUCAGCUUGAUGUUGCAGGAGUAGUAUUGAGGGCAGAACAUGCUCUCUUCAAGGAGGUCUCAAACCCGGUCGUCUUUGGCUUGCUCGCAAAGCUAAUACACUGAUUUCCCACCGCGAGCAACCCUUUUACGUGGUCACACACUGAUUUCCCUGGUUUUAUUGCCAAGGGGAACUGCAGAGUAGGUGCCUUCGCCGCCCCAUUACAACAUGCCGGCCAGCCGAACAUCGUUGAGCAGUCUCGGUUGAGCCAUCAGCAAUUCCAUCAAAAUGCCCCAGGGCUGAUCCGCCAAUUCCACCUGUGGCGUGACCAAGCCAGGGAAGUUGUGGCCACGUGCCCCGACUGUCAGGAGACUGCAUUACCAACACUGGGAUCCGGUGUAAAUCCCAGAGGACUCCGCAGUUGUGAGGUGUGGCAAAUGGAUGUCACCAAAGUCCAGGAAUUUGGGAAACUCAAAAAUGUCCAUGUGUCAGUGGACACCUUCUCGGGGGCCGUUUUUGCCUCAGCCCACAUCGGCGAAAGGGCCACGGACAUGAGAAAACAUCUCAUACAGGCGUUCACGACCUUGGGGGUCCCAGCCACGAUUAAGACUGAUAACGGUCCAGCUUAUACUUCCAGGGCGUUCAGUAACUUCCUGCAAGAAUGGGGCUCCACUCCCCCACCGGCCAGGCUGUAAUAGAACGAACCCACCAGACGUUAAAACAGGUCCUCCGACAGCAGCGGGGAGAUGUGUGAGUGCUGUCACCGCACGGGAGGCUCUGCAAGGUGUUAUUUACCAUCAGUUUUAUAAACUGUUCUUUUGACAGGCCAGAACCACCAAUCCUGAGACAUUUCAAGCAGCACCAACAGCUCUGGCCAGAAGAGCGGCCACCGGUGCUGGCGAGGGACCCAGAUUCUGGAGAAAUCCAGGGUCCUUUCCCCGUUUUGACUUGGGGGUGGGGAUAUGCCUGCAUAUCCACAUCUUCAGGAGUCAAGUGGGUCCCUCGGAGACAGGUGAAAUCCUAAACCCCAGUGAGUCGGUGAGUCAGACCGAUAAGGGGCCUGUGGAUGCAACCAAUGAUCCCACUGACCGAGGGGUUGCAUCCAAUCGCAGACUCCGCAAGGAGGGAAGGGAUUCCCCAUCUCUCUCUACCCAAAACAGUACUUAAAUUCUCCCUGGAGCCAAGUGGCAAAUCCUUUCUGUGACAUAAAGUCUUAUUGUGUUCUCCAUUCAUUUAUUUGUAGGCAUCCCCCGACAUGUAUCCUCCAGCUCACGGAGCCCUGAUCCCAUUCUUCCUAGUGCUCAUCUCCAUGUCAUCAAAUGGACACGUGGGUUGUUCCACAGCCCCUCGAGGGGCUGUGCUGCUUUAACCUAUCUUCUAAGAGUCAGAGCGUCCACACGUCCAUCCAAGAGAUGAGAGGGAUGAUAAGCUCUGUGAAGCAGGAGGAAGAAGACUGGUUUAAGGACAUACUUAAGAGCUGGAACAUCUCGGGAUGGAUGCUUUCUGUUAUAAAGGACAUUGGGACUUUCAUUGUAGUUGUUUUCCUAGUUUCACUGUCCUUUAGCAUUUUGAAAAGAAUUGUCUCCACCACCAUCUCCAAGCCCUCUCCAUCUUCAAAAGCAGUUGUCGCCACAGCCGCAUCUGCAGAAGAGGAUUGGUGGGAAGGUGACUGCACAAAUGCCGAUGAAGUUUAAAAAGCUGCCUUCUUUAUUUAAUAAAAAGGGAGGAGAUGUUGUGGUUUGGGUUUAUUUAGUCAGUUGUUUUACUAAUGUUAAUUAGGAUUGUUCCUUGUACUCCCCCAUUUUUCCCCUCAAAGUGGUUCAUUUCAAGUUGUUUACCCCGAGAGUUCCACUCGGAUCCACAGUUACCUGUCAAUCUUCUCACCUCUCCCUCUUCUCUCCUGAAUUGGUCCCAUCAGUCAGGGUUUGUUCACUCCCUGUUGGUUGUCAAUCCUGUCUUUCGUUUGUCCCCAUUGGGUGAUAGAGGUUUCCACUCCUGUCCGCCCACUGCCUAUUUAAUCUGCUGCCAUCCUUUGUUUCUUUGGCAUUUGGAGAGCACCUUUGUUCCUGCCCCGCCUGGGGGAAUAAAGAAUAAAGACUCUUUGGGCUUGCAAACAAGUGUCCUUCUCUCGUCUUUUCAUCUCCUCUCAGCAUGUGAAAUGACUGAAGCUGCGUAACCCACGCCACAGCACUCAGAACUCUCAGGGAGGCAGAAGCCGUUUCCCUGGAGUGCCCACACACGUGGCGGCCACCCAGCCUCACGUGGGCAGUGCUAGCUGGCACAUCUCGUCUGCUUGAGGUGGUGGCAGGUAGCUGCUGGAUAGUGGGAAUUUUAUUUGGCUUAUUUUUAUAUGGCAGUAAUAAAUUCUGCUGCCACAGUAGAAGAAAGCAUGAAAAAGUAUAAAAAAAUUAAAAUUCAGUUAAAUCUUUCUACAUUCAGUGUAGUUUCUCAAGUGGGGUUUUAUGUCACUGUUCAAUAACACACAUUCUCCAUAAGCUGAUGAUCAGUGGAGAAAAUUUUUAAUAUCUUGUUCACAAAAGCAUUCAGUGUCUCUUGAAAAUUAUUCUAUUGAAUCUUGACACUCUUCAGCAAAUUUCAGCUCAGCUGUUGAAGUUAUGUUCAGUUAUGUCAUCAUGUUGCAAGAAAAGGCUUGGUUAUAAAGUCUUUAUCUGUGUGCUUAUCUGCUUUUCUAAGCCUUCUUGCAGCCCUUUCCUAUCUGGCAAAUAACAGGAACAGGUUGAACUGAAGAUGCAUGAAAGCACAAGCACAAGGACAUGUGUGACUGAAAACCCUCAGGAAUUAGAGGAAUAGUGAUUGAGAACAAGGAGGAAUCUAGUGAGUCUCGGAGCAUAAAAAUUGAGCAUUAGAAAACAAGUAACAAUUUUUUUUUUCAAAGUUCAUUUUCAGUUUGAUGUUUUCAGUCCUGGCUCUUGAUUAACAUGAAGUUGAUUUCCUGAAAGCUCCCUUCACUCCUCUAGUUUUAUUAAAAUAAAGUACAUAAGAUGUCACACAUUCUAUGAGUUGUACACAAAACUAAUUUCCUUCUGAAAUUUUCUUUGGAUUGCUGUAUGUGGAAAAAAUCAAUAGGAAACCAUUUUAAAGGCAAACAUCUUGUAAAAAGCUUUAAAGUAAAAUAUAAAAUAGAGCUCUUUUUCUGUCUCUUUCUUUUAUGAAAAGCUGACUGAUUGCUGGUUUUUAGUAUACUGGUGUUAAGAUUGAAAUAACAGUAACCUGUGCAUGCACAGUAAUAGGCAUUUGGACUUUUUGAUUAUUUUACUUUCUUCCUGCAAGGCUGAUAAACAGUUCCAUUCUGCUGUCUUGGCUGUAUUACUCUUGGUCACUGUCAACCUUUAAAAGGACUAUUUGUUUAUAAUGAAGGGUUCAUUCAUUAUUGGUGAGCCAUAACCCUCAUCAAACCAGAGGCAAUGUUAAUUGCACUCUCCAUUUCUUUGGUGAUUAAA